CACCACACGGACAUUGGCCGAGUCACUCUACUGCGGAUCCGGAUCCCGAACCCGGCGCGGGAAGAUGACCGCCCUGGCCCGCUUUGGUCCAGGCUCCAAACUUCGCACAACACCUGGAGAGAUCCCCAUGGAGAUUGGGACUUGUUGGAGUAUGAAGACGGCCUUGCGAGUCACGUCACGACUCACCAAAAGUAUAUAGUCCCAACGUCCCGCAUCCCAUAACCAGGAGCACCCAUCAUCAUCCGUCAUCGCCAGCCUCGACAGGUCACAGCCUCAUCACGCUGCGAAUCAACCGCCAUGGACUACGAGAAAGAGAACGUCUCCACCAAGGAGGACUCCCUUCAAGUCGACACUGAGCUCGCCGACGCCAUCCGCAACUAUGUUCCCGGCACUACGGAAGAGCGUAAGCUCGUUCGUAAGAUCGACUUGCUACUCAUGCCCAUGCUUUGGAUCAUGUACAUCCUGAACUACGUUGAUCGAACCAACAUUGGCAAUGCGAAGAUUGCAGGCAUGGGCGCAGACCUCUCUCUGACGGAUGAUGAAUACGCCUGGAUCCUCUCUAUCUUCUUCUUUGGUUACCUCAUCUGCGAAGUGCCAUCCAACAUGAUCCUAAGCCGCGUGCCACCGUCCAAAUAUCUUCCCUCGAUCAUGCUUCUUUGGGGCGCCCUCUGCGCCGUCAUGUCCGUGUCCAAAACAUACGGUGCCCUCAUGGGCUUUCGCUUCAUCCUGGGCUGCAUCGAGUCCGGCUUCUUCCCCGGUGUCCUGUACCUCCUGAGCUGUUGGUACACAAAGGCCGAGCUGGGCAAGCGCUUCGCCAUCUUCUACACGGCCGCCGUGCUCUCUGGUGCCUUUGGAGGUAUCCUUGCCGGUGCCAUCACCUUCAACCUCGACAUGGCGCAUGGCAUCCGCGGCUGGAAGUGGCUGUUCAUCAUCGAGGGCGCUGCCACUGUCGGCGUGGCCCUCGUGUCAUACUUCAUCCUCCUGGACUACCCGCUCACCUCGAAGCGGCUUACUCCCGAGCAGCGCCAGCUCGCGCACAUUCGCAUCGUCGCCGAUGGAGUCUCUACAAAUGGUGCCGGUAGUGGUGCUCGCCUCUCCCAUGCCCAGGCCUUCAUCGCGGCCGUUGCUGAUCCUCGCACCUAUGUGCUCAUCCUGCUCUUUAUGCUUGACGUGGGCGCGGGCACCAUCUCCUACUUCAUCCCCACCAUCACCCUCACCCUCGGCUACGAUACCACCAAGGCCCAGUACAUGACCGUGCCCAUCUACGUCGUUGCGGCUGUGGUUCUCAACAUUGUUGCCUGGUCCUCAGACCGCCACGUCGAGCGUCGCUGGCACGUCGCGGCCAUGCUUGGUCUCGGCUUCGCCUGCAGCGUCGUCUGCGCCGCCGUCACGACGCCCAUUGUGCGCUACGUCAUGAUCUGCUUCGUGGCCGCCGGAAUUUGGUCUGCCUUGCCCCUUAUCCUCUCGUGGACGAGUGGCAUCAUCAGCCUGCCGCCCGAGAAGCGCGCCAUUGUGCUCGCCCUCGUCAACGCAUUUGGCAACUUCUCCAGCGUGUACGGCAGCCGCAUCUGGCCCAGCACCGACGCUCCCGGGUACCAGAUUGGCUUUGGCGUGACGGCUGGCUUUCUGGGGGCCGGUAUGGUUGUCGCGGUCUUGAUUCCUGUGUUCUGCAAGCUUGUCAACUGGAAGGGGACCAAGGCGGAGAAGGAGCUGCUGGCUGCUACCCAGACGGAUGAGUAAGGAUGGCUAUAAAUAUUCUAUUGGUAUAUAUGCUGGUAAAGAAGGCUGUUUAUGACAAAUUCUGCGCUUCCCAUUCCGAUUGAAUAAUUGUACACGUUGUAGUAGCGCUUAUUUGGAUGGCUCUUCUCUCGUGUGCGCAGGGGGUUCGUCCACGCUUUCAGAGAG